GUAGAUACUCGACAUACGAUCGACUUGCAACCAUGUCCUUCAUCGUCCGCUCACUCUUUACCCGAUCACGGCCGACCACAAUUGCACGCUGCGUGGCCUGUAGCAGUAACCUCGCUCGAUCGUACUCGACCAAGAUGCCAGAAUCCACCUCUACCGUAGCAGCAGUUCGGAAGACCAAGCACUCCACCUCCAUCCUCCCCGCAGGGACAGUCAUGAAAGACCUCUCCAUCCUGAAAGACAAGCCCGACCCCCUCGCUCUCCCUGACAACGACUACCCGGACUGGUUAUGGACGUUGACGGAUGAGGCAUUGGCCGAUUCUCAGAGUGGGAAGAAGGCUGCCGAGUUGGAUGCCGAGGGACAGGUGGGGGACGCCAGGGGGGUCGGACAGGCUGGAAAGGGAUUCGAUAGGCAGGCGGAGAGACGGAAGUUGAGAGCGAGCAACAAGGCGGAGAUCAAGGCGAGGAAUUUCUUGAGGACCACUUAGACCGCUUAGAUCGCCCAACAAAGUGUAUAUAUACGACAUGAGACGAAAAGACCUAUCUUUUACGGGUUACGGACAACGGGAAUUACUCGAUGGUUCAUCUCAAUUCGGUUUCGAGUCUGAUCUGAUCUUCAGGAAUCGGAUCUCGUUUGAUUCUACGUU